CUGCCUGGCGAGUCCCUUCUACCAUUUUCCUCGGCAGAUGCCGGGCAAAAGUAUCACUUUUCACGCCUAGCCAGCAAUAAGAAGGUUUAAACGCUUUCUUGCUGCGGCGAUCCUCGCACGAUGAGGCUGGCCGCGGUGCUGCUGGCGGCGGCCGUGCUCGGCCACUUGGCCGCUCCCGAGCAGGCGGCCGAACAGGCCAGAGAGCGGAAAAUGAAGCUGAUCAAAAAGUUCCUAAAGAAAAAGGUGGCUCAGGGACAAAUCAGACUGGUCGAAGGCAGUGAAAAGAAUGAAGGAAACGUCGAGAUAUUCCACAAGAACUCCUGGGGCAACGUUUGCGACGACGAAUGGGACCUGAGGGAGGCUGAUGUCGUCUGCAGACAACUGGGCUUCGAGAAAGGUGCCCGCACUGCGACGCAUUCGUCCAAAUAUGGACCAGCAAGACGGAAAUUCUGGAUGGAUAACUUGUAUUGCAACGGGGACGAGAGGCUCUUGAGCAAGUGCCGCUUCGAUGGCUGGGGGAUCAGCGACUGCGACAGCUCCGAGGCUGCGGGGGUUGUCUGCCACCCUAAUCAGGAAGAGACAACCCCUGCUCCGACCAAACCACCGAAAGUGCUCAUCCCGAUAGAGAAAGCGACGAAACAGCCGCUAAAGCUGCGACUGACGGGCGGCAGGGUUUCCGACGAGGGCAGGGUCGAGGUCAAGUUUUCGCCGGCAGGAGAAUGGGGUGUGUUGUGCGGGGACGGCUGGGGGUUGCCAGAGGCGAUAGUGGUGUGCAGGCAGCUAGGCCUCGGUUUCGCGAACGCAGCUGUCCAGACAGACUUUUUCGGAGGCCGCUACUCAAAAAAGACAAAUAAAACAACGCCGAUGGUGCUCAGCGGGGUGGAGUGCAGGGGAAGCGAAGCGUCCAUUGAUGCUUGUCUGCACCACCAGAUCAAUGAAGUCGACUGUCCAGGCGAAUCCGAAAAUAUCGCAGCCGUCGUGUGCACGCAAGCCCUGGCAGACCUGGUCAUCGACCACCACGAGCUGAUGCGGUCGAGCCACCUCGAGGACAAGCAGCUAUUUUUCCUGCAGUGCGCCAUGGAGGAAAAUUGCCUCGCCAGCCAAGCGUAUAAAAUACGCGACGAGAAUGAAAACUGGCACCUGGAUACACGCAGACUGCUCAGGUUCACCGCAACAAUCCACAACGUCGGAACGGACGCUUUCAGACCCUUUGUGCCCAAGCACCUUUGGCAAUUCCAUCUCUGCCACAUGCAUUACCACAGCAUGGAGGUUUUCGCCACGUUUGACGUGUUUGACGCGGCGGGCCGCAAAGUGGCCGAGGGUCACAAGGCGAGUUUUUGCCUCGAGGAUAAUCAGUGCAAGGCAGGUGUGGAACCCUCUUAUGCGUGCGCCAAUUACGGCGACCAGGGCAUUUCUGUGGGCUGCGCCGACAUUUACAAGCACAACAUUGACUGCCAGUGGGUCGACAUUUCCGAGCUCAAGCCUGGAAUGUAUACUUUUAAGGUGGCUGUCAACCCGGAGUUCAAAGUGGCCGAGCAGUCCUUUGAGAACAACGCCGCUUUAUGCAACCUGCUGUACACGGAGAGCUACGCGCACGUAUUCAACUGCACUUUACAAAGACCGUGACACCCACUUACAAAAUAAAGCAAAAUCUAAUAAGCGAACGAACA